AUGAUCAAACAAGGACUAGAUGCACCGGGACGAGAUCCUUUCCUGCUCCACUACGCAGGACACGGUGUCGAAAGGGAUGGAAAACCUAUCUUUACGUCAAAGAACGGCAGAAACCUUUCUGCUAUGUUCCUUCUAGCUUUAGUGGAGGGCGAUUCUGACGUUCUCUUACCUGAUUCCGAGAUCGACAUUGUGUUUAUCUUCGAUUCUUGCUUCAGUCAUGUUGCGACAAGAAAUAUGGUCAAUACCGAACGCAUCGUCGAAGUUCUAGCAGCAACGAGCCCCAACAGUGCUUUGGCCAACGCUGCCCAGGGGCGUGCUUCCUUUACGGGGAAGCUGUGGAAUGAAAUUAUGUACAGAAAGGUACAGGGCCACAAAAGCGUUGAGCUAGCCGUACUUAUGGAUACCCUCAUCACAAAGUCGCCACAGGUGAUACUAAGCUACGAGCUCCUUGUCGGGGUACAUUCCCUCUGGUUAGAGCUACCAGGAGGAUCCGUGUCAACUGCUGUUCCUCCCCUUGUCGUCGAACCGCAGUACUUUGCGGUCUUCUCUAUGCUGCCCAAUCUCUAUCCGCAUCUGCACUUGCCACACUAG